AUGGUAAAGUUGUGCAUUACUUAUUCUUUGCUAGUAUUUCUAGUGUUAGCGGCAAUACCACAUGUGAUCUUAGAGACCGUGUCGACAUCCUUAAUACAAGGCGUUCUUCGAAACAGCAAGAAAUCAAAUACUCUAUUUUCGCCUGUUCUGCUUCAAGACGGCUUAACGCAACUAUACUUUGGAGCCGAGGGUAAUACUGCAGCUGAACUGAAGAGCCUGCUGCAGUUGCCAGGUUCCUCGAAGUCUGAGGCAAUAGAUUUAUAUGCACAUACGAAUCGUGAGCUACCACAAAAUGUUGAAAUAAAUAUGGCCAAUCGGCUGUUUGUCGCAGAGAAAGCUCAAAUAUUGGAGGAGUAUCAAGAACAGAUUAAAAGUCUUUUUGAUAACACUGUUGGACGCGUCAACUUUGGAAACUCUGCUGAGACUGUUGAUAUUAUUAAUACUUGGUUUGCCGAACACACCCGUCAAAAAAUAACAAAUAUGAUUGACAAAACCAGUGAUGACACAAUCGCAAUGCUACUCAGUGCGAUUUAUUUUAACGGGCGCUGGAAGCAUCCUUUUGACAAAAGUUCGACAAAAAAAGCAAAGUUUUAUAGUUUAAACGAUGAAGGGGAAUAUAAAUCGAUUUUCGUUGAUACAAUGCUUAUUAACGCUGAUUUCAGAUCAAACCCAAUACAGGAAUUAGAUGCAGAAAUCAUUGAUAUUCCUUAUGCCAACUCAAAUGUCUCAAUGGUUAUUCUGUUGCCUAAUCAAAAAGACGGUAUUGACAAACUGGUUAGCAACCUUCACAAGUUUCACGCACAUCAACUUACGCCACACGGCAGCAGGCAUAAUGAAUAUAAAACACUUCUUCAGUUACCGAAGUUUAAAUUUGAAUUUAAAAUGGAACUGAUCCCUGUGCUGAAAGAGCUCGGCGUUAUUGACUUAUUCAGCAAAGCAGCAAAUUUAGAGAAAAUAACUAAUAAUAAUCCACCUAUCAAAGUUGAAAAGGUAAUUCAAAAAGCUAUGAUCGAGGUAGACGAAAUAGGAUCUACUGCAGCUGCAGCUCAAGUUCUUGAGAUUGUUUUCUUGAGUGGAACACUGAAUCCAAGGCGUUUCAUUGUGGAUCGUCCAUUUGUCUUUUUAAUAAGAGACUUUGAAAGGGUUUAUUUUGCUGGCCGCGUUGGCAACCCAAACCAAUAAAAAUGUAUCCUUUAUUUACAGGACGUUGUUCUGCGUUUAAUUCUGCUAUAGAUUAUUCUAUAAAAUCAAAUUAAUAUACUUG